CAAACAUAUUGUAUAGGAAUUAAAUAUAUCUUAUUACCGUGUUCGUACGUGUUAGUCGCUUUAUCGACAUUAAAGUGUGAAGUACAGUACAUUCUUUGUCGUUCAUAAUUGCUAAGUCGUAACGAGCGACGAUCGUGGUGUUCUUCUUUGUAAAACUUUGUGAUUUUCUACAGAUCUAUUUUCAACGAAGCACUCAUGUAUUAUCAUAUCAACUCAUUGUGGCAUUCGAUAUACCAUUGGUGUGAGGGAGAUCCUAGAUUUUUAUACAUCAUCAUUCCCGUGUGUUUGAGAAUCUCGAUAUACUGGACUGUUUGUCUUCCCUUCACAUUGAUUGAUUUAACAGGAAAACCAGAAUUUUUACACAAAUAUAAAAUACAGAAACUCGACUUUAAAAAAUAUCCAAUACGUGUUGCAGAUGCAAUUGCAGUUAUAAGAAGAGUUCUUUUCAAUCAGACAUUUGUAGCCAUCCCGUGUGUCAUUCUUAUUUACCAUUUAUGGAAAUUUUGGGAAUUCCGUGGUCUGAAAUAUGAAGCUCCUUCCAUUUUCUUUAUAAUUAUUCACUUCUUCCUUCAUGCAAUCCUGUCAGAAAUAAUAGUUUACAUCGUUCAUAGGACUCUUCAUACUCGCGCUAUUUACAAGCAUAUUCACAAAACUCAUCACUUAUGGGAUGUACCAAUUGCUAUAACGGCUGUCUACGUGCAUCCAGUGGAACAUAUAUUUAUGAAUGUCAUACCCUUCUACAUACCUUCCUUUAUAUUUGGAGCUCAUCCGAUCAAUCUGUGGAUCUGGAUCGCCAUAGGAACUUCGUAUAACGUUUUAGAUCAUAUAGGUUAUCAUUUACCGUUUUUUCCACAUUCACCAGAGUAUCAUGAUUUUCAUCAUAAGAGGAUAUGGAAUAAUUUUGGAUCCGUAGGAUUUUUGGACAAAUUAUUUGGAACAGAUGACCUUUUCAAGAAAAGUAAAGAGUAUCAGAGACAUAUUAUUUUAUUGUCUUUUAAAUCAAUGAAAGAACUUAUUCCUGAUGACGAUUAAAUGUAUUACUUGAUAAAAUUUAUAUUAAACUAAAAAUAUACAUUUUGCAUGUUA